ACCAGAGGAGAACACUUGAAAAGUGCAGCAGUCGCACAUGUCCUAUCUCCAUCACUAUAAAUACGCUCUGCUUCCGUUUCCCUCUAUUAUCUCUCUCCCCCAUUUCUCUCUCUCCAUAGAAAAUCCCCGAAACAGAAGAUACUUCUAAAUAUCUCCAACCGACAAGAAAGUUCAGAAAUGGCGGAGAAAGGAGAAGAGCGUGAUACUGGUAGUUCCGGCGGUAAAAAUCACGGACAAGGAGGAGAAGCAGCAGCAGAAGGAGGAGGAGUAACUUCACCGGUUCGCCGAGUUCUAGUCAUCUCCGCCGGAGCAAGUCAUUCCGUUGCUCUCUUAUCUGGAAAUGUAAUCUGUUCAUGGGGGAGGGGAGAGGAUGGCCAACUGGGACAUGGAGAUGCUGAAGAUCGAUUUUCGCCAACUCAAUUGAGUCCACUGGAUGGACUUGAGAUAGUAUCUGUUACUUGUGGAGCUGAUCAUACUACUGCAUACUCGGAGUUACGUAUGGAAGUAUACAGCUGGGGAUGGGGUGAUUUUGGAAGGUUGGGUCAUGGAAACUCUAGUGACUUGUUUACUCCUCAGCCAAUAAAGGCAUUACAUGGUCUAAAAAUCAAGCAAAUUGCUUGUGGGGACAGCCAUUGUUUGGCAGUGACCAUGGAAGGCGAGGUGCAGAGUUGGGGUCGGAAUCAAAAUGGUCAGUUGGGCCUUGGCACAACAGAGGACUCUCUUGUGCCACAGAAGAUUGGAGCUUUCCAGGGAGUACCUGUGAGGAUGGUUGCUGCUGGGGCAGAACACACUGCUGCUGUAACAGAAGAUGGUGAACUUUAUGGUUGGGGCUGGGGUUGUUAUGGUAACUUGGGUCUAGGUGACAGAAAUGACCGCUUAAUUCCUGAAAAAGUUUCAGCUGUCGAGGGUGAGAAGAUGAUUCUAGUUGCUUGUGGAUGGCGACACACAAUAUCCGUCUCCUCUUCUGGUGAUUUAUAUACGUACGGCUGGAGUAAAUAUGGUCAACUAGGCCAUGGAGAUUUUGAAGACCACCUUGUACCGCAUAAGUUGAAUGCUCUUAGCAAGAGUUUUAUUUCUCAGAUAUCAGGUGGAUGGAGACAUACAAUGGCAAUGACAGCUGAUGGCAAACUUUAUGGUUGGGGAUGGAAUAAGUUUGGACAAGUUGGUGUAGGUGACAACAUAGAUCAUUGCUCUCCUGUGCAAGUUAGAUUUCCACUUGAUCAGAAAGUAGUUCAGAUAUCUUGUGGUUGGAGACACACUCUUGCUGUUUCUGAAAGGCAAAAUGUCUUUUCUUGGGGAAGAGGCACAAAUGGACAACUUGGGCAUGGGGAGUCUGCUGACUGCAAUGUUCCCAAGAUCAUAGAGGCUUUGAGUGUCGAUGGAUCCACUGGACAAGUGAUAGAGAGCUCAAAAGUUGAUCCAUCCUCAGAGAAAUUUUCGGUCUCACCCACUGAUAGAUAUGCAGUUGUCCCUGAUGAUAAUCUGCAAAGUCAGACAAGCACAUUGCUAGGUGGCAAUGGGAGUGAUGUAAAUGUCCCUGAAACUGAUGUGAAAAGGAUUAAAAUGUGAGCUUGUCUUCUAUCCAGCAUUUGCUCUGGACUUAUCAGCAUGGACUUUUCCAUUUUUGGAGAACUCAGGUGCUGUUCUUUUGGUCCAUAAAGUAUUUGACUCCUAUAGGCAUUUUGUUUGGUUUAAGCUACCAAUGAUGUGUUUGGUUAUCUGUGUGGCUCACUGUUUACCAUAUGUAUAAGGUUUGAUGAAAUUUGUAUCUACAAGAAACAAGAAGGGAUUCACAUGGCUUGCAUAUCCUUCCUUAGGUACAAAAGAUUGAUGAGUGUUUUACAUCUCCCUAUUUCGUCUUGGUUGUAUGCUUGAUUGGUGUUUAUGUCUCCUUAAUAUGUAAGAAGCAAGUGGGAAAAGAGUUGUCAAUUAUCAUAUCUGAUAGUUUUAUACAUCCCGAUCCCUUCUCAUCA